CGCGCCCUCGUUUGUGACGCACGAUAGGCCGUCCACCCCGACGAAAGCCGCGAGGCGGUAAGAAGAAGGAGGAGCCGUCGUCGAUGGCGGUCCCGGAUCCGGACGAGGCGGACGAGGCUGUCGUCGAGCUCGGCUCCGACUCGGACGACGGCGUCGCGGGGGGCACCGAGGGAGAUGACGACGACGAGAACGAGAACGUCGCCGGGACGGACGACGACGUGCCGCCUCCCGACGGCGAAAACUACUUCGGGAGGGCCGCGAAAGAGGGCGCCGCGCCCGAGGGCGCCAACCCCUUCGCCAUGCCCGCGCCCGCCGCGGACGACGACUGGGCUCGCGAGAUCGCGGAGGCCAAGCGGAUGGUCGAGGAGCAGCGCGUCAAGCGCGAGCGCGAGGAGGCCAUCGAGCGGCAGAAGGAGAUCGAGGCCGCGGAGGCGAAGGGGAAGGUGUACGAGGAGCGGCGGAAGGCGGGCGACUCGCCGUUGCCCUCCGCGGGCGGCGGCGGAGCCGGCGGCGGCGCCGCGAGGCGAGAAAGGAAGAUCGUCAGGGCGAAGAGGCCGACCGGCGGCGGCGGAGGGUCCGCGCCGACGCCGGGAGGAGUCGGCGGCGGCGGCGGCGGCGGCGGCGGCGGCGAGGGCGGGGGCGGCGCGAGCCCGUUCGCCGGGUUCAGCUUCGCGCCCCCGUCUUCCACCGCCCCGACGACCGGGAGCCCCUUCUCCGGUUUUUCUCUCCUCUCCGCGCCGGAUGCGGGGAAAGACGCGACGCCCGAAGCGGCGGGCGGCGGCGGGAUCCUCAGCCGACUCAGCGGCGCGCCAAAGCCCUUCAUCGAGCCCGAGCCCGAGCCCGAGGUUGAGCCCGAGGAGGAGAGGGUCGAGGCGGCGGCGAAGCCGGCGGCGGCGUUUCAAAGCGAGUUUCAAAGGGAGGCUCCGACGCCGGACCUUCCCGUUCGCACGGCUCUCGCGGUCGAGCUAGACCUGUGA